AUAAGUAUAAAAGGUAUUAAUUAUUACACUAAUAUAUCGUCCUCGAGUUGUGCAACGAUAAUAUAGACUUAAUCCUACUUAGAAAAAAACAGAAACGAGAGAGAAAAAGAAAAUAAUAUUAACAAUUUAUAGAGAGGGAGAAAAAAAGUAAUAAAAUUGAAAGAAAAUAAAGCGAAUAAGGAAACGAAGGCAUUUUAACGACACACGUUGGACCAAUUCCGAAGAAGAUACUAAAAUAUACUAACAAUAAAACGAUAGGGAAGCAGACGCUGUACGAGCUUCGAGUUAUUAUCCCGUGGCUGGAAAAAGACAUAACGCAAGAUGCCGCGAUGUUACAUGGUGAAGAAGGCGUUGUGCAACAAGUACAUGAGCAGCGCGGUAAGGAGCUUCGAAUCUUGGGGCCGAAGCAGAACGCCACCGUCACCCGCGCUGCCUGUGAAAAUCUCCGUGCCGUCAUUCGAAUCCGCACAACCGGCCGCCACGACGAACGAUGUUCUACGAGGUGCUGGUGUCGAGACGGUCGAGGAUGACGCGGUGCCGGGUGCGACGGCGACGUCGACGUCAACGUCGACGACGUCGAGAUCCGGCUCCGAUACCUCGGAAUCUCGGGUCGACGAUCCGAUGCCGUCGGUUCCACCGUCCCCGGAGCGGAGAAUACCCUCGACGACGACGCCGACGGCGACGAUAACGACGACAACCGAGAGGCGAGUCGAGGCUCGUCUCCUCCUCGCCUCCGAUCACGAGAUGCCGAUAUUCAGGGACAGAUCGGCGGCCGAAACGGAAGCCGCCCACGACCUCCUGGAGCUUUCGAGAUCGCUGCCACCGCUGCCGACGCCGAGCGUCGUGAUCGGUCCUCACGAGGUCGUCGAGAGCCCGGCAACGGACGUCCAGGAGAUGGCGGUCUACCAUCCGGAGCCCUCGAUUUAUCAGGUGAACGCGAUCGACCUGGCGGGGAACCUCUACCACCCCCAGCCGGCGAGCAUCGUCUACGAGCCGGCGACGAUCGUCCAGCAGACGGUGGGGGGCGUCUUCGUCCCGCUGUCGCCUGUGCAGGAGAUCCUUUUCGCCUACAGCGAACCCCCGGCACCGGCGAUCGUCUCCGAGCCGCUAGAGGCGCCACCGUUGACGCCACCGGCCUCCGAGUGCAGCAGCGACAUAGAGAACAACAAUCCAAACUCCCAGACGACGAGGGACAAGGAGGUCCAGACGACGAUCGGCGAGCAGGCCGAGGUCAAGGCCGCGGCCUACACCUACGACACUCUCCUCGUCGCCGACGGACGGUCGAGGAACAAACGCGGCGCCCAGCCGAAGCCGCCCCCGGAAGUCCAGGCCGCGGAGGCCGCGGAACCGCCCGAGGCGCCCCGGGUGGGACGGUACGUCUGCUGCGAGUGCGGCAAGCAGUACGCGACCUCGUCGAACCUCUCGAGGCACAAGCAGACCCACCGCAGCAUCGACUCUCAGUCGGCAAAGAAGUGCAUCCACUGCGGGAAGGCCUACGUCAGCAUGCCGGCACUCGCGAUGCACGUCCUCACCCACAAGCUCGCCCACAGCUGCGGCGUGUGCGGGAAAAUGUUCUCCAGGCCCUGGCUGCUCCAGGGACACCUGCGCAGUCACACGGGCGAGAAACCCUACGGAUGCGCUCACUGCGGCAAGGCCUUCGCCGACAGGUCGAACCUCAGGGCCCACAUGCAGACCCACUCCUCGGACAAGAACUACGAGUGCUCCAAGUGCCGCAAGUCAUUCGCCCUCAAGUCGUACCUCAACAAGCAUCUCGAGUCCGCCUGUCAACGCGACAACUGCGAUGACAGCAGCAACGACGCCGACGCACCCUAGACCGGUGUUCUUCAACCUCUCAACCGGUCGCAAGCCAGGUAAAAGGAAGAAGCAAGGAUUGGAGGUCUUUAGGUAUAGUCUCGAUAGAAGGAAAAUUAAAUACGUCGUUUUUGAAAUCACUGACAUAGUUUUAUUGUGGACCUAGGGGGUAGCCAGAUAUUUUUUUUUACUUGUAAAGGGGUCGCGAAUUCAAGAAGGUUGAGAAGCACAGCGGUGUACGUAUGUAAUGUAAUGCUUGUCGACUUAUUGAAAGAGCAAAACUUCAUGCAGUCUUCUUCUUCUGCUAUACGCUGUUUCGGAAUCACACUGCAAUUAUCUACUACACGUAAUAGAGUUUAGGUAACAGAACAGUAAUACCGCGUCUUAUACGCCGUACAAACUGUAGAAAAACGCAACCUAUUAUACUUAAUUUGAUUUUUUUUUUAUUAAAUUUUUCCUCAAAGUUCUUGCAGUGUGUCUAAACGAAAAAUCAAAACCUCAACUAUUCUAUUUCACUCUCUGCGAUAUUUGAUUAACAAAGAAAAAAAAAAAAAAAAAAAGAUGACAAAACUACGAAACGCGUAAUCCUUAACAUUAAAAUUGACGCAUAGAAAAGUAAAAAAAACUAUAUUCUGAAUUCAGCCACCGCACCGUAAUAAAUGCAACUCGUUAAUAGCUCACGAUGCACGAAUAAUGAUUGCUGUAAUAACAGUAAUAAUAAUAAUAAUAUUAUUAUCAACAAUAAUAAUUCGCGACGCACCAGCAAUUAAUUAUAAUUAGCAAGCAGGAUAGUCGAAACGGCUCGAGUGGUUUCAUUCCGCAAGCUCGGCCGACUUGACGGCUGCCCACGUACGGAGUGUUUCUACUUACAGUCAAAGGGAACGCGGAUCGUACGGUCAGACCGCCUGUACAGUACAGUCGCUACUACUGUGACGCAAACGCCGUUUAUUCUUGUCAUAGUCAUGUAAUAGGUAUGUAUCCCCAUCGUAGCUGGAUACGUCUACUAUCUAUCUAUGUAUUAUAUUUACCUAAUAACAUUUGAUUGGUUAUUUAUCGCUAUCGUAUAACGUGGAAUAGUAUACUUUCAAUGUUCGUUCCACAUUUCGCUUCUCGUUAGCACGGUACCUAGUUUUGCAAUGCAGUGAUUGCGGAUAUAAAACUCUAACUAUAUUGCACACGUACUUUAAUCGAUAAAAGCUGAGUGAAAAACGAUUCUAGUCGAACAGUGAUUUACUUAUGAUUCUAGUCGGGAUAUUGUGCUUUCUUUUUACACAAUUUAUUCGAUACAUUUUUUUUACAUUCGACUUUCGUCUAGUCUGUACGACCCUGAGUCUAGUCAAGCGCAAUUAUGCUAUGCCUGUAUUUCAAUAGCAUCAUAUUUGUAUGAUUGUUGUUAUGUUUAAUUUUUACAAUGAUAAAUGACAAACAAAAUGAAACCCAAAACUCGACGUGUGUGUAACAUGAAGACAUACUUAUGAUAUGCGUGAUGUGUGUUACGUGUUAUUCGUAAUAACUAUACACAUGUUUAUUUGUAUAAUUAUAUUGUGUCCAAUUUGUGAUAAGUCGAGAGAAUGGAACAGUCAGAAAGAAAAAAAAAGAAUCACUGAGAAAAGAGAAAAGGGAAAAAAGAAUAAUGAACCGGCUGUAUUAAUGUCUAGUCGUAAUAACACGUUAAUAGCACGAUAGUCUUUGUUACAAUAUCUGUAAUUUAGUUUCAUCGGUUUUUUACAUACGAUAUUACGUAUUAAUAUACCAUAUAUUGUACACACCUACAUAAUACGACGUAUAUCUACGUGCAACAGCGAAUUAAACUAAAUGGUCAAUCAAGAAUUAUUAUAUAAUAAUAGAAUGUAUAUGUUCAUACGAUGAAUCACGGUAAAGGAUAAUAAUAAUAAUAAUACUAUCAAUAUUAGAUGAUAGUGCAUAAUAAUAAUAAUAAUAAUUAAUAAUAAAAUCAAUAAUAACAUUAGUAGUAAUAAUACUAAUAAUAAUAAUAAUAAUAGUGUACAUCGUAAAAAUUGCGAUGUUGGUCAUAUUUUAUCUUAGAAUCUGUACGGAGUUUAUAUUACGUGUAUUAUUAUUAUUAUUAUGAUAUAUUGACUGAUCAGUUUGAAUGAAACUUUCGAGUACUUGUAUUGGUAUUGAGUACCAUCGUGGGUACGUAUUGAAAAAUAGAACGAUGAAAAUGAUGUUUUAGAGUAAAUCUUAUCAUUUUCACACACGUACGAAAUCGUAUAAUACUUGGGCGUAUAAUAUACGGCGAUGAAUUAAUAAUCUCAUAAAUAAUAGCAAGCUGCAGAACUGAUAUUCUUAAACGCAGAUACAAUUUGAUCUGUUUUAGUUUAGUGCAAUAUGAUAGCGAUUUUGUUACUAUUGUCAUUAUUAUUAUUAUUACUAUUAUUAUUAUUACCAUUAUUUAUAAGCGAAUGGACACUAAAGUUGAUUCUGCUAUUUAUAUGUAUAUAAAUUAUAUACAUCAAAUAGAGAGUAUGAGCUGAGUUUCAGAUAAUAAUGUUUUUUCACCGGUGGAUGAAAGUAUACAUUGUUAUAAUUACGUCGCUAAUGAACUGAUGAAACGUACACUAGAAUCGGACAGUAAUUACAUCGAGAUUAUUUCAUUGUUUUACUUACAUGCCCGUAUAUUUAUGUAAUAAUUAAUUCACUGUUGUCCGAAUAAUAUCGUUAAACCGAUUAUAUAAUGCGAGGAAAAGCUGCGGCCUUUGAAAUUAACUGAACCAAAAUCGACGAUAUAAUAUGUGUAUUGUCAAAAAAGAAAACAAAAAAAAAAAAAAAAAAACGUCUAUACGUACAGAUAGUCCACAUCCACGAUAUAGGAAAAACUUAAUUAUCCAAGCUUUGCUUGAAAAAAAAAAUUUGAAAUAAAAGUAAAAAAAAAAAAAAAAACAAAAUAACGAUAACGAUAAUAAUAAUUACUAACUAAAGAAACAUAAAUAAACAAUGCUAAUAAUAAUGUAUAAAACAUAGAGUGUAGAUUAGUGUGAUACAAGGUACGACAAAGCAAUAAUUUAGUGAUUGUAUAAUAUUUGAUCAUCAUAUUAUAUUAUAGUGAUUAGAAUCAUAAGUUGUGGUAAUUUCGCAAAUUAUUAUAUAAAUAUUUACUCAAUAAAUCGUAAAUAUAGUUUUGUAGAAUUUCAAGAUUCAUUUUCACUUUAGUAACAAAAAAUAAAUAAAACAAAAUGAAAUAAAACGCGGACUGUAAUAACGUACAAGGAACCGAGUUCACGUUUCACAUUUAUACUAUUAUUAUUAUACAUAUACGUCAUAUACUCAAGUAUGUCGGACUUUUCACCAAUUUCUCUGCAAGCAAUCCGGGACCAAAUUUAAGUCAAAUAUCUGCAAACCUACCCUGCAUUUCCGCUUGCAAAUCUGUUCAAUGUUUUCAUUGACAGAAAUCUACGGCCUCUGUUCUUUGUAUUUUUCUCUCUAUGAACUUACUUAUUUAGAUCAGAAUUUUUUCAGGUGUUUUAAUCUGAAGACGCGCUUAAUAAUGAAUUGUAUUUUCAAGACCAAUCUUAUCAUUUACAACUCGGCAAAGAUUAUGAAAAGAAAUUACAUUUUUUAUCCUCUUAUCUCUUUCCCGGAUUGUCGACUAGGAAUUGUUGGAUGUGUCAAUAUGAUUAAUUUCUGUAUAGUAUAGGUGCCAAAUUUGUAUGUAUGACAAAACUUGUGCUCUGUAUUGAAUUGAUUUCAAUUCGCGAUUUAAAAAGAAUUAUUUUAGCUGUCAAAUGUGAUCGGACGUAAUAAUUGGAACAAAUUAAAGAAACAUUAAACGAAA